CCGCGAUAAAAGCUAUGCAAUAGCUUAACAGUAAUCAGAUACCUAAUGACGGCGAAUUUGUACAUAACAUCACGUCCAAAUACCCACAAAUUGUUAAAUGCUUUUUGGAAGUACAAUCAAAUAUAGUAUUAUAAUAUAAUAAAAUAAUUGAACGUAGUUAUGUGCCUGGGAAUCAUAUUUUAAGAUUAGGUACUGACACUCGAUACGACAAAAAGUAUGCACUAGCAAAAAAAUGCAUGGUCUACUGAUAAGACAUCGCCUGUAUUGGCUAUUAAUUUUAAACUUUGUGAGUGAUUAUCGCUCCACCGAUACGACCUUAGCACGUACGAUUUUAAUUUUUAUAUCUGCCAUUAAGUCAUAUCUACAGUAUGCUGUAAAAGUUGGACUCAUAUACAAGUGGCCUAUUGUAACAUUUAUUACAUGAUCUCAAUUUGCGAAUAACAAAUUAUUAUUUAGCCUUAGCUAUCAGUUGAUAGUUGACUGUCGUAACGGACGCACGUUCGUAUAUACUUCUCGACUAUCUAUACAGACACUAAUUCUUCUGAUAAAUUGGACGACAAGGUUUUCAAAUCCAUCAAUGAAAUUAAUGAUCCUAGUGAUAAAAAAAUGGUGCAACUCACUCCAAAUUUAGAAACAUUGCGCUCGGCAAUUCAUGAUUUUUCGUUUUCAAUGUAUAAGGAAGUAGCUAAAACUGAAACGGGAAAUAUUUUCUAUUCUCCAUUCGGUAUCCAUUUGAUUAUGUUUAUGGCUAGUACUGGAGCAGCUUCAAAAACAUUUGAUGAAAUAGUAGCCACUAUACAUCUAAAUGAAUCUUCUCAUUCAAUGGAAACAUAUAGAAAAUUAUUGGAAGACUUAACAAAUUAUGAUUAUAAUCUAAAGUUGGCAACCGGAAUGUUUGUCGAUACAAAUGUCGAUGUUAAAGAUAGUUUUGUGGAAAACUCUAAGAAAUAUUUAAAAUCUUCAAUGGAAAAAUUGGAUUUCAAGAAUAACCCAGAAAAACAGCGAAAAUAUUUAAAUAAUUGGGUUUUAAUCAAAACCAAUAACAUAAUCAAAGAUUUUUUUUCCAGCGAAGAUUCAAUUGCUGCAGAGACUGCCUUAGUAUUGGUGAAUGCUAUGCAUUUUAAAAGUGAUUGGGCACAUAAAUUUAAAGAUGUUUAUGAUGGCUAUUUUUAUGUGACUCCAAGCAACAAAGUAACAGUUGAAAUGAUGACUCUCAAACGUGAUUUGCAAUACUAUCAUGAUACUGUUCUAAAAUUCAAAGCAAUUGAAUUACCUUAUAAACACCAUGGUUUUAAAAUGAUUAUUUUACUACCCGAUGAUAAAGAUGGUUUGAAUAAUCUAGAAAAUAAUUUUUCAAAAUUUAAAUUACAUGACAUUUCAGAGAAAAUGACCCAGGAAUAUGUUGAUGUCGAAUUACCUCGUUUCAAAAUAGAACAGUCACUGGAAUUAGAUAAGACAUUAUCCAAUCUUGGAUGUCCAACAAUGUUUAUACCUGGAGCCGCAAACUUUUCUAAGAUCGCUGAAGAUGUUAAACUGUCUCUGUAUGUGACUAAAGUUUCACAUAAGGCAUAUAUUGAUGUAAAUGAAAACGGAACUGAAGCGUCCGUAGUUACUGGUAUGCAAAAAGCGCUUUCCUCAAGUUUGUGGUCAAGACAGCCUAAAUAUUUCGUUGUUGAUCAUCCAUUUAUAUUUUUUAUUUCAACUAGGUGUAAUUUCAUUAUAUUUGUUGGUCGAAUGACCAAAAUUGAUGAAUAUGUUAUGUCAUCUUAUUUCAGUUUUUUUAAGAAAAAUGGGUAAUUUUCUUUUUGAAUAACAUUAAUUAUGUUGAAUCAUAUAUAUUAUAUUUGUUCAUUUAUUUUGUUAGUAAAUGUUAUUGAUUUAUACUAAUAAAUUAGAUAAUAAAUAUUUUAUUAGAGUUUAUAUUCAACAAUAUGUAAAAUAUUUGAAACAACAAGUGGACGUAAUGAAUAAAAAUAAAAAACUUUUGAUUUCGAUUUAAAUAAUAGUUUUUGAAUAUUGUGAGUGUUAGCUUAGGUUUCUAUAAGCUCGUUCUUAGUUACUAGUAAACCCGCUGAUCUAUAUUCUAUAGAUACUCAAUUAUUAAUAUAACUGACAAUACCAUUUUUCACUGGCCCGUGCUACAUUUCAAAUUAAUUUAUAAAAAUAUAAAAUGUUAGGAUUCUUCUGUAUUUUAUUAUAUUUAUAAAAUUACUAAAAACGAUGAUUAUCGUAAAACGUAGAUGUAAAUUCUUUUUUUUUUUUAUUGAUCUCAAGCUUCGGCAACUAUGGCCAUUAGCUGUAGUGGUUUGUUUGUGGGUUGUUAGUGUCGGUAGGGGAAGGAACACGUGUGUGUUGUGUUUGGCAGAAUUUUUGAUUGGCACCCGUAGGUAUCUGCCAUGCCCGGGUGGGGGAUGGCGGCACUUGUUCUCCGGACACCGUGACUUGCACGGAGAAAAAUGCCGCCCGGUGGUCAAGGAUCGAACUCGGACCGGCUGUCCCGAAUCCGUCGCGUUAGACCGCUCGGCCACCUCGUCCCCCAUGUAACAAAGCUUGUCCCGGGGAAAGUUAUAUUAUAUUAUACAAUCCUUUUUGUAUAAUCUUUUUAUUUAAAUUGAAACCAAGAAAAGAAAAGGAGAAGCUGCUCGAGAAAAAGAAAAAAAGAAAAAGCAGUUAUUGGAAGUCAGUAAGAAAUGUGUAAAAUUAAAUUCAUUUUUUUCAAUGGGUACUUCAGGUUUUUUAAUUAACUAUUAUAUUUAUUAUUUAGGAAGUACUCUAGUUGGUAGUUUGUAAUCUAGUCAUCCAAAUUAAUCUAAAUUUAAUUAAUCCAAAUUAAACAGUUAACUAAAUAAAUAGUAAACCUAUAGCCAAGUGCCCAAGUAAGCGGUGUGUAGAUUAUUUUCUAUUUAGGAGUCUAAACAAAAUAUAAUAAUCUAACCAUUAUAACCUAGUACAGUAUACAGAACAUAGAAGUACCUAAGUACUUUUAUAAUAUUUAUUUUUAUUUUUGUACCUAUGUAUCAUAGAUGGCCAACGUUUGGAUGAAGUCAAAUGUGUUUCCAACGUUUUACCCAACCUAAAUCUUUAGGAAUUUUUAAAAAUGUCGAUUGCAGAUGAGUAUGAAAUAAUGAAUUGGGAGAUUGAAAAUUACGAGGAUGAUUUGGAAGUAGACUCUGAGAAAAAAAGUCAAGUUAUGUGUAAUAGUUGUAGAAACUGUACACUGUGUUGUUACAAGUUAUUGAUAAAAUACAAUUUAUACAGUAACACUUAUCAAGUAUUAACAGUUGCUUAUAAGUAUUUAUUGUGUCUUCCUGUUACCCAAGUUGCCUGUGAACGAUCAUUUUCAACUUUAAAGUACAUAAAAAAUAGGUUGAGAAGUAAACUUAGUAAUGAAAAUACUGAAGCUUUUAUGUUAAUGUCAGUUGAAAAAGAAAUGUUGAUAAAUAUUGAUAAUGAUCAAAUAAUUGAUUUAUUGUCACAAAAAAGUAAGCUUCUUUCAAAAUGUCUUUAAAAUGGCAUAACUUAUUAUUUAUAUUUAAAAUAUAAAAUUAAUUAUAAAAGCUUAAUUUAAUGAAUAUUCAUUUUGAUUUGUUAAUUAGCGUUUAUAAAAUAUAAUUUGUUAUAAAAAAUUCAAGCAUAUAGUGGCUAAUUUAACUUUUUGUUCAAUUGUUUAAAGAUAAUACAUAGAGUUAUAGAAAUAGGUGUAACUAGGCCUUUAGGCUUCAAGGAAAUUGAAUUUAGAUGAACAGUCUCACUAAAAUAUUGAUACUGAUUGAAGGUCAAUUUUUUUUAAUGCCCUCUUACAUAAUAUAAUUAGAUAAAUAAAUAAUUAUAAAACAAAUUGGUAGUGUUGGUGAGGAGGGGGUAAAACAUAAGCUCAGCCAUCCCCUACCCCCCACCACCACUAUAGUUAUGCCUAUAGGCUUUAAGGUAAACAUUGAUAUGUCACCUGGGUAAUAAAUUUUCCCGGCCUGAAUUUUUCUCCCAGGCCAUCUAGUUCCCAUAGUGGGAAAAGGUCUGGCGGAAUUGAUUAAACCCCUACAAAUAAUUUCUAAAAACUAUUAAUAUAUCUAUAUGUUUUAUAUAAAAUUCCAUGUGGCGGUGUUAUUCGAACUCCUUAUUUGGUUGCCAUUGGUUAAUUGAGCAGAUCAGGUGAAAGCAUGCAUCGAAUCAAAUUUUCGCACAUUGCCUACUUGAUAUGCUGUCGCACAUUGUCCGCGAUCCGACGUAAUCAGAUUGCAUACCGAGGAGGCUGAGUUAAAGGAGUUGAACCAACACAAUUUUUUUUAAAAGUUGUAAUUUUUUACGGGCAACUAAGUGCGCGGGAUCUGCUAGUUUUUUCAUUUUUUGUAUAUUAUUACUUACUAACACUGCUGUAUAACGUCAGCCGGGAAAAAAUGAACAAACCUAAAAUCUGUUGUUUAACGUGUAAUAUCACUUCGAUUUUAACGACAAAUAUUACGUCAACGACAUGCACAAUGGCCGGCCAUAUAAUAAUACCGGUCGGAAUAUUAUCCAGAGCCACGGUUAAUGUAGACAAUGUUAUACCUACUUGUACUUAAAAUACAAUACGUCAAUGUGGUAUAGUAGUCCGAGGCCUUGGAGCGUAUAAUAAUCGUUUACAAGUAUCAGCCUUAGAAGUGAGUGUUAAUAUUCAUCGAACGUAUAUUAUAAUAUGACGUGCGUGUGUGUGUGUGUAUGUGUGUGUAUAUGACUGAACUGUAGGUAUACACCAUUUACGCUAAUUAGUAAUAUUUAUUAAGAGGAUGUCAGCGCACUAUUUGUUUUCUCUCUCUGGCCCACGCACAACAUAGCACAAAACACAUUUGCGCAGAAUCGUUUUUUCUAUGUUUUUAAGUAACCUUAGAAUAAAAUCACCCAUUACAAAAAAGAUAGAGAAUAAUAUUUUUGAGGGAACGACAUAUCGAUUUUUCUAAAUAUUGUUUCAAAACAAUUUAAACAUCAUUUAAAUUUACAACAUUUUUUUGUUUAUUUUGAAAGUCGAAUACAAAGUCAAAUAACAAUAAAAUAUAAAAUUAAUGUCAUUCCCUCUAAAAUAUUAUUCUCUAUCUUUUUUGUAAUGGGUGAUUUUACUCUAAGAUUACUUAAAAACAUAGAAAAAACGAUUCUGCGCAAAUGCGUUUUGUCUAUGUUGCGCGUGGGUCAGAGAGAGAAAACAAAUAGCUCGCUGACAUCCUCUUAAUUAUUAUAGUAAGUACAAUGUAUUUAGUUCGGUGGAUGUGAGCAACUCUGAGCUCUAUCAGUAAAAUGCAGAUAAAUUCUGUCUAUAUUUAAUAUUAUACUAUUACAAAUUGAAUCGAUGGUUUUUAUAGGGAAUGCACUGGUGCCGUAGAACUAGUGUUGUAAAAUUACCGGUAAUAUUACUUUUUUAUGAUAAUAUUGGGAAAUUUAUUUUUCAAUAUAAAAUUACCGGUCAUUUAUUUUAUUAUAUUAGUAAAAAAUAUGUAUUAUUAUUUAUUUUAAUGAUAUUUCGGCUGAAAUUAGUCAAACAAUUAUUUAGGCAUUAUAGGUAUUUUAUUAAUAUUGUACUCACUGCAAGUGUGUGAAUUGUGUGUACUGUGUUAUUACUUAUUAUCAGGGCUAGGAUUUGUAUGCAAUAAAAAACGGUAAAAUAUGCAUUUUAUUUACCAAAAUAUGCAAAAAUAUGCAUUUAAAUUUUUAUAAGAUAAACACAAAAAUAUAGUUACAAAAAAAAUAUUUUUUUGUUGAAAUACAUCAGUGAUUAGCUGUUCGUCUUUAGGGUCACGUUACCAGUUUUUCAAAUUUUUCACAAUUUUAUAAAAUUUGAAAAUUAAAUUUUAUAUUUUAGUUGCCAUUUCAAUUAUAAGACUUUUACACUAAUCUACUACCUGAUACCUAUUUAGGGGGGGGGGGGGGGGUUGAUAGGGUGUAUUAUAUCGAAAAAAACGACUUUACAGGAAUAACGCUCAAACUUUGUAGAAUUGUCGGAUUCUGAUGACUUUUUUUUAUCUGAAAGAAGAAGACUUCCUACAGCCCACAUCAAUCUCUGAUUUUGUAUUUUAUUUCAAAUAAUUGUAUUAAAAAAUUUGUAAAAAAAAUGCUUUUUAUCUUGUAUUUUUUUAGACAUAUUAUAAAGUUUGAGAAUGAAAUAUUGAAAAACAGAGAUCGAUGCGGGCUGUAGAAUAUUUCUCUCUAGCAAUUAAAUAAAAAAUUAUGAAAUUUGGUUGAUUCUAUAAGGUGGUAUCAUUAUUCCCGCAGAAUAUAUUUUUGAGGACAAAAUGGCAUCGGCAUCGGGCGUCUUAAUAUAAUAUAAUUGAGAAAAAAAAAUAAUUUAGAAAUAAAUUUUAUAAUUCACAUUCACUACGAGUGUUACAUGCUACGAUCACAUAUUUUUUCAAAUUUUCGAAAAUGAAUGUCAAAUUAUUUAAUCUUUUAUCGCAUACCUAUUAUACCAUAGGAUUGUAUUUAUAAAAAUAAAAUUUACGUUUGACAAAAAACCAAGUAUUAUGAAAUUUACUAUAAAACAUUUAUUUUUCGCAUUCUUAUAAUCAAAAUGUACAUUAAUAUUAAUUUUAUUCAAUAUAUGCAAUAAUAUGCAUUUCAUCCAAAAUAUGCAAAAACAUGCAAAAUAAAAAUACCACCAUUUAUCUCAUCAUGAGGUGAUUCGUGGACAUUACUGACAAAAUCAAUAAUCAGAAGUCGCAAAAAAAACAUGCUUUUGCAUAUAAAUCCUAGCCCUGCUUAUUAUUGAUCCAUUUACAAUGUUUUUGUAAUAUUUAUAUUUUAUUUGUUGUGUACCCACUAAGGACUGGAAACUUUUGAAUUUAUCGGUAUCGGUUCCGGUACUCGUUCACCAAAAAUAAAAUAAUUGUUCCGGUUCAAUUCUAGUUUUUUGAUAAAAAAAAAAAUAAAGGUAUCGGUUCCAAAUAAUUUCGGUACCGGUACCAGAUAAUUUAGGUACCGAAAAGACAUAUAGUAAUUUUAAAUACC